GCACAAUCUCAGAAUAUUUUCCCUAUUUCAACCCCUACAUUUGACCAACCCAAAAGCUUUGCAGCCAGCCAAACCCCAACGAAUUAACCAUCAGUGCUCCCUUCCUUUGGUCCUCGUCUCCUGAAAAAACACAUCAAUUAUGUCGACCAAUACCCUCCUAAUCGAUGUCCGCUCCCCUGCCGAGUACGCGACCGGCUUCCUCCCCAACGCCCUAAACAUCGAGUACACUCAGAUCCACCAUCUCGCCACCCGGCCCGGCGUCCAACUUGACGACGAAAUCACCUUGUAUUGCCGCUCUGGCCGCCGCUCGGCUAUUGCUCUGCAGGAACUGCAGAGCCUCGGGUUCACCAAUGUUCGCGAUAUCGGAAGCUUCGAGGACGCGCGUGAAACACUCGAGGCCGAGCGCGGAGCUCGCGGUAACGAGGUAUCUGGAGUGGGUGGAGGUAAUUCUUCAGAGGCGGAUGCAUCUGGAGCUGGACUUGCCGCGGCGUCGAAGAGAGAGGUCCAAGUGGCCUUUGAGGAGCUUUUGACUGGGUUGGAGAGGGUGGGUGGCUGAUGUGAGCUAGUUCAACAAACCCAGGUACUAUCACUGUCAGAACGUAACAGCCUUGGGGCAGUAUGUUGACGACGGGCAACGGACAAGAUCCUUGACAAGACCUUGCAAUCCGGGAGAGUGAUAAAAAUAACAGAUUGAGAGUCUUCUUGUCCUGAUUGGACCAACAGAAGCACCUCAGAAGGUACAAGCAAUCGUCUGAGCUUCAACAGGCAUGAACAGAACAGGGCCUCAAUAGGUCCUUGAAUCGAAUCACCUCCGCAGGUGAACAACAGAAUGAAGCCUCAGCAGGUCAUCAAAAU